UUUGCCGAAAAAGUCCCAAGCUGAGAGGAAAGCCACGGGCAUCAAGUUGUGGUAGAAAGUGAGGAGCUUAUAUAGAUAAUAGAACUCUCUCCUUUUUUUUCUUUCUCGCUCUCUAUAUGAAUUAUUAAAUUUUUUGGGUUGGUCCGUGGAGCAUCAAAUUACGGUAGGAAUGAAAAAGGCUUUAGCAUCUAUGAAAAUGAAAAGUCCACAGAGGUUGCAAAUAGGAUUUCUUGCUAUCUAGUGUUCCAAUUUUAACUUACGAAUCACGUUGUCCCUUGCCGGUAGGGAGGAACCAAAUAAAGCAUAAAAAAACAUGAAAUUGGGGGUGCCUAAGACAAAUAAUAGAAAAAAUAGGGGCCUAUCUGCAAAGAAUCGUUUCAUAGAAACUUGAACUUUGUGGUCGUACGACUCACCGAGUCGGGGACAGCUCUCCUUUUCAAAACUCUCAAAACCCUCUUCCAGUCUCGUCAAAAACGGUUCCUCUAAAACCCUACUGUCUCUCUCUUCACGAUAAUGGCGGUCCCGAGCGAGUUGGCUCAGCACAUUGAGUCAUACGUCGACACGUCUCGCUCUCCUACUCAGCAGGCUACAAGCUUGGAUGCAGUCAUUUCUCUAGUGAAGAAUCACUUGAUAACAAUUGAAACACUGGUCAGAGAGAUGGAAAUUUAUCUGACGACUACUGAUAAUGUAAUUCGCGCUAGAGGUACUCUUCUUAUUGCAGAAUUGCUCAUGAAUCUUGUAUCAAAGCCACUAGACAAUGUUACAAUGCACAGUUUGAUUGGAUUUUUCACAGAUAGAUUGGCAGAUUGGAGAGCUUUACGUGGGGCUCUUGUUGGGUGCUUGGCACUGCUGAGGAGGAAAAGUAACAAUGGAACUGUUACUGCCAGUGAUGCAAAAGCAGUUGCCGAGUCUUAUUUACGGAACAUACAGGUGCAGUCUUUGGGACAGCAUGACAGGAAGCUUUGCUAUGAGCUUUUGGAGUGCCUUAUUGAAAGAUAUCCUAAUGAGGUUGCUUCACUGGGUGAGAACCUUAUUUAUGGAAUCUGUGAAGCUGUUGAUGGAGAGAAGGAUCCUUAUUGUUUGCUUCGAGCAUUUCACAUCAUUGAGGCUUUGGUGCAACUAUUUCCAGAUCCAUCUGGCCCACUUGCAAGUUAUUGUGGAGAUAUUUCUGAGAAUUUGGGACUUUACUUUCCCAUUCAUUUUACACAUCCAAAUGGUGAAGAGGCUGACGUGAAAAGGGAUGACCUCUCGAGGGCGCUAAUGUUGGCAUUUGCAUCCACACCUCUUUUUGAGCCAUUUACUGUUCCGUUGUUUCUUGAAAAGCUUUCUUCUCCUCUGCCGUUAGCAAAGGUUGACUCUUUGAAGUAUCUCAGUUAUUGCGCACCAAAUUAUGGAGCAGAUAGAAUGGCAAAACAUGCUGGAGCUAUUUGGAUCUCAUUAAAAAAUGCAAUAAGUACUUCAAUGCUAGAAUCUGCUAAAUCUUUUACUUCACAAUCACUGAAUGGUCUUGGCUUUGAGGAGAAUGAAAUUACAACAGAAGCUUUUAUGCUCCUAAAAACAGUUCUCAUGCAAAAUAGUGACUUACUUUCAAGUUUGAUUAUGGAUGAUGAAGAUAUAAGUACCACUUUCAACAACAUGACCAGUUAUGGGAGUUACAGUGAUAUUCCCUUGCAAGGAAAACAGAGGUUACAUGUGGUUGGCCGCAUCCUAUAUAUUACCACAAAGACUAACAUUGCUUGCUGUAAUAGAUUCUUUGAAAGCUUUUUCCCUCGCUUGAUGGAUAUAUUGGAGAUUUCUAAAAGAAAUUCAUCUGGUGGUUGCUUUCUAGAUGAAAAUUAUUCUUUAGCUAAUAAAUUUCAUUUUGGAGCUGUAUAUCUGUGUGUGGAACUCCUUUCAGCAUACAGAGAUUUAAUUAUGGAGUCCCGAGUAACUGCAACAGAUUCUAUUCAUGCAAAAGAGGCAUGCUGUUGCAUGCUUCAGAGGUUUUCUCUUUCAUUAAUCAAUGCCUUCUGCUCUACCCUGAGAACAGGUUGUAAUAAAGUGUCUGAUGAUGUGGAUAUAUACUUCAGAGUGAAGGGCUUGCAGAUUCUAGCUACUUUUCCAGAAGAUCUUUUACCUAUAUCAGGAUCCAUAUUUGAAAAUAUUCUGAGAACGUUCAUGUCAAUUAUCUUAGUGGAUUUCAACCAUAUAUUGUUAUGGAAGCUCGCAUUGAGGGCAUUAGUACACAUUGGUACUUUUAUUGAUACAUGCAGUAGGUCUGAGAAGGCAUCAAGUUUCAUGGCUAUUGUUGUUGAAAAGAUUCUCUCAUUGGUUCCUUUUGAUGAGUCUACCUUGCCUUUCUCACUCAAACUGGAAGCAAUCUUUGAAAUCGGCACAAGCAGGCAGAGUCAUAUGCUCAAAAUCAUUCGAGGGUUGGAAGAGUCUGUAUUUGCCUCUUUAUCUGAUGUUUAUGUUCAUGGAAAUUUGAGGUCCGUUGACAUGGCAAUUCAACUUUUGGAAUGCUUCUCUAAUAAGAUUUUUCCCUGGAUCCAUGGAACUGGAGAUCUUGAGGAAGUGCUAUUACGAUUUGCAAUUAAUGUCUGGAACCAUGUUAAGAGUUGGACAGCUAGCGAUGUUCAGGUCCAGGAAAAAGGGCUUCUUGAUGCAACAAUGAUGGCAACGAAGCUUGCUGUUGGGAGUUGUUCAGAGGAAAGUCAGAACAUAAUAAUCCAAAAGGCCUAUAGUGUACUUUCAUCAAAUACAUCUCUUAUAGUGAAGGAAUCCACAACCACCUCCAUUCCUGUCCAUCCUGAAGGAUUACAACUUACCCGACAGACAGACAAAUUUUCCCAUAAAGAUGAAUGUAUUCUUCUAUUAUUUGCAUCAAUAAUUAUAGCAGCUCGUCCGAAAACGCAUAUUCCAAAUGUACGAGAAAUACUGCACUUAUUUAUAGCCUCCUUCCUAAAGGGAUAUGUUUCAUCAGCUCAGGCAUUGGGUUCUAUGAUCAACAAGUUGGGUUUGAAAUCUAAUGGAACAGAGAUUUCAAGUGAUUGUGCAUUGGAAGAAGCUAUAUAUAUAAUUUUCAAUACAAAACCAUGGAAUUCCUACAACAACAGUGUUUCAGGGCAAUGUGAGGCAACAAGUAAUGGUAUUGAAAUUGGCCUUUCGGAUUUAUGCGUUGGUUAUGUGAACAAUAGACUGCUUCAAGUCAAUGCUAUUGUUGGACUAGCAUGGAUUGGAAAAGGUUUACUUCUGCGUGGUCAUGAAAAAGUAAAAGAUGUAACAAUGAUUCUUUUGCAGUGCUUAUUGUCAGAUGGCAGUACUGGUGCUUCAAAGUUGAAGCAGAGUUUGUUAGAGAAAACUUGUGAGCAGGAUUUGCAUCCUUCUGUGAUGAAAAGUGCAGCAGAUGCAUUUCAUAUUCUAAUGAGUGAUUCUGAUGAUUGUCUGAAUCAAAAAUUUCAUGCAAUAAUACGACCACUCUAUAAGCAGCGUUUUUUCUCCACUGUGAUGCCUAUUCUGCUGUCUUUGGUAGUGAAAUCUGAUUCAUCAUUUUCAAGAUAUAUGCUGUACCGGGCAUCUGCACUUGUUAUAUUGGAUGCUCCUUUGAUUGUUGUCGUGAGUGAAGCCAAGAAGAUAACUCCAAUACUGCUUGAGGGAUUAUCAGUGCUAAGUGAAGAUAUUGUGGAUAAAGAAAAGCUGUAUGCUCUUUUGCUAGUUUUAUCUGGAAUAUUGACAGAUAAAAAUGGACAAGAAGCUAUCAUGGAGAAUGCUCAUAUAAUUAUAAAUCGUCUCACUGAUCUCAUAUCCUAUCCUCAUAAGAUGCUUGUUCGAGAGACUGCAAUUCAAUGCCUUGUUCCCAUGUCCAAGCUGCCCUAUACAAUGAUCUAUCCCAUGAGAACACAGGUACUCCAAGCCAUUUCAAAGGCGCUUGAUGAUCCUAGGAGGGCUGUUCGGCAAGAAGCUGUUAGAUGCCGGCAAGCUUGGGCAUCAAUUGCAUCAAGAAGUCCUCAUUUUUGAAGAGCGCGGCAGAUUUCUUACGAAGGUCAAUUGAGCAAAUCACAUUUUAUGUGCCUAUUUAUUGCGUUGUAAAGUUCAUAUGUAUUCAUUGACAUUUUCAACGACACAUUUGUAAAUAUAAACUCUUGUAUAUUACCAUUUUGUUUCUAGUUUUAAAACUAAAAAGAAAUCCUGAAGAGGAGAAGGAUGAGAGAGUAUUUUGGAGUUCCUCUUAUCUCUUUUUCUCUACUUGGCCCAAUUACCAUUUUUCUGUAUAUUUUUCAAGAUUGAUGAUUAAAUCGAACCGAUUUUCUUUUAAUCA